GCAAAUAAUAUAGUGUACAAUGGGACAGGAUAAAAAUUCAGAAUCUAACAGUGUUUUGUCUGAAAGCGAAAAUCAUGGUGCGUUAGAAAACGCUGUUGUGUCUACUGAAACUAAGAAAGAUGUAAAACCACAUAAAUGUACUUUUGCUGGAUGUGAUGCUGCUUUUCGUAGACCAUCCAAAUUAGCAAGACAUAUCAGAUAUCAUACUGGAGAGAGAUGUUACAAAUGUAAUCAUCCACAAUGUAACAAAGCCUAUACGAAUGCUUGUCAUUUGAAACGGCAUAUGGAAACUCAUAGUAGCAUAAAGAAAUUAUAUGUUUGUCCAAAGUGCUCAUUGCAUAUUAGUAAUGCACAUAAUUUAAAGCGUCAUUUAAGUGCAAUACAUGGAGAUCAUAAUAAUAAACUGGUUUGCCAAGAAUGUAAUGAAACUUUUGCAAAAAAAUAUCAGCUCAAAGCACAUGUGGCAAUACAUAGUUCAAUUUCAUAUACAUGUGAUCAAUGUAACAAAAACUUCAAAGACUGUAAAAAAUUUGACAGACAUAAAACAAAUCAUGAAAAAGGAAGAAAAAGAUAUCCAUGCACUAUGCCAGAAUGUAAUGAAGUUUUUGAAAAAUGGGUACUUCUUUGUGCUCAUAUAAGAACACAGCAUGUUUAUGAUUAUAAAUGCACAACUUGUGGUAAAGUAUUCUUGAGUAAACAACAUUUAAAAAGGCAUUCUGAAGUUCAUAUGGAAAGUAGGUCUGUUAUAUCUUGUCCAUUUGAAAAAUGUCCUCGAGUUUAUUAUUUUAAAAGAAAUUUAACGACUCAUAUACGAACUUAUCACUUGGAAGACAAAUAUGAGUGUGAUAUAUGUAAAAUAAAGAUUGGAACAAAACGAAGAUUAGAAGAGCACAUUCAAAAACUACACAUGUCAGAAAAGAAGAUAAAACAGAUAAAAAGAAAGUCGCAGCGUAGAAAACGGAAAGAUGCUGGGAUGCCUAAAAAAAGUGUGAUAACCAAAUUAGUUGGGGUAAACUUACCAGCAAAAAUAGAAAAGAUGGUAUUAGAAAGAAAGGACAAUAUACCAUUCAUAGAACAAUUUGCAAUGGUAUUAAGGUCUAGGAAGCUAAAAAAUGAUUAUUCUUAGGAUUUUUUUUUAGAAGAAAUGUUAAUUGGUAAUUGAAUAAACUUGUUAAUAAACGGACUCGAUCCCGUAGCAAUAUUACCUUUACACUUACACACCAAGUUCAAUUUGAAACCGAGCGGUAAAAGACCGAUGCGGCAGCUGACACUUAAAAGCCUAUAACUUUGGUAAUUUUUAGAAUUUCGAAAUUUCCUUUUAACUACAUAUUCUUUAAACCUCAAAGAAGUGAAAAAUCUGAAAAAAGUUUUCGAUUUUUUCAAAGUUCUAGACCGAAAC